CGAAACCGUGAGAUCACUACCUGAGCCGAAACCAAGAGUCGGACGCCCAACUGACUGAGCCACCCAGGCGGCCCUCAGAACUGGAAUUCUCUUAAGGAACUGACGACUGUUCGUGCCUCUCGCCCACUGCUCCUCCUCCUCGACGACAGGGAGCACUCUGGAUGGCCACAGGGACCAUCCAGGUGGUUGCUCCCCCGCUCAGGGCGGGCCAGCCUGGGGCCAGAAGUGCCGUCUCUUCUCGUCCUGGCCUGCCGCUCGGGCCUCUGUGAAACUCACUUGUGCCACCAUCUCCGGGGACUUGGCAGCGACCACGUGCACCACGCCCAGCUCCCAGUCAGUCCCGGAUGCUCGAAAAGCUGUGGACAGUAUUAAGUCACCGUGUGCGAAAUCUCCCCCCACCCCCUGACGUUUCCAGUUUCCUGGUGUUUCUCCGGUACCAGUGUUACUAUGAGUACCCGCUGCUGACCUACCUGGAGUAUCCCAUUCUCAUCGCACAAGACGUCCUCCUCCUGCUGUGUGCCUUCCAUUUCAACGGGAACGUGAAAGGAGCAGCCCCGUACAUGGCCGUAUUUGUGGCCUCGUGGUUCGUCCUUCCCCUGCAGAAGUGGAUCAUAGAUCUGGCCAUGAAUCUAAGUACUUUCAUCAGCGUGGCCAGCAAGUUUGCUCAGCUCCAGUACCUGUGGAAGACCAGGGACUCAGGCACCGUGAGCGCCCUCACCUGGAGCCUCGCUGCAUACACCUGUGCAACAAGAAUAAUAACAACGAUAAUGACCACCGGCGAUCUUACGAUUCUUACACGUUUCGUGAUCAUGCUUGCUUUAAACGUGUGGGUAACCACCACGGUCCUUCGCUACAGGAAGACGGCGGUAAAGGCCGAAUAACAGAUGCGCUGCCCCUCCACACGAAGUGGAUUCCUAAUAACUGAACCAAAGCUCACUGCUCAAUCAAGGUCUCUUAUAAGUUUAGUCAAUGGCUUCAGAAACGCUGAAUUGAAGCCAGAUGUAUUUUGGACGGGAGCCACUUAAACACUUGUUGAGAAAUGUUGAUUUCCUUCCCACUCCUCCCCUUCGUGAGGCGGAGGCAGGUCUCGGACACCUGCAAGUCGGGCAGUCAAGACAAUGCUUUUCAGCUUUCAGAAUCUUCUAAGAAAUAAAUCCUCUCUAGAGCACAAAUGAUUAUGAACGGAGUGGGAUUUUACUCAGUCAGAAGUGAAAUUGUAGUAAAUUACCAGGGUCACUUUCUGGGGCGGUUUUUUUUAAUAUAGAUGUAACAGGAUGGCCUUGCUGUAUCACAAUACACGAUAAUGCCUCCUUAGGCUAUAGGAAGGAUAUCGAGGCAAGCAAAAACGUAAUUGGCUCGAGUUUAUAUACCCAAGUAGUGCUGUAACUUCAUAUAGUGCCUUUAAUUCCUAAGGAAAGGUCGAUUGGCUGCAGUCUCUACAGCAGUAGGAUGAGGCAGUCCCGAUGAACUUUCUGAUUCAAGCACAAUGCUGCCAUCUUUAAGAGUCACACCUUUGAAAAACAAAAAUGUCCACUGAAAAUAGAUGCAGUAAAAGGUAUUGCUGGGGUGCUGUCAACUUCUUACGGAUUUUAUUCUUGUUCUAUUCUAAACGUGAUGUUAGGAUUAUUGGACACUGCAUUUUACCGUAAAAGUUUAUAAACGCUAGAAUUUAAAAGCUCUUUCCCUUUAUAAUUGAAUGGCAUUGUUAUACGUAAUAAGUAAAUGAUGUUUAUUAGAAAAUGUUUUAGUGUCCUAUGUAAGUUAAAUAAAUCAUUCUGUAGUUUUUAAAA